GAACGUUCAGAUGAUGAAUGGCGCGCAAUCUUAUCACCUGAACAAUUUCAUAUCAUACGACAAAAAGGGACUGAAAGACCGGGUACUGGUGAAUACAAUAAAUUCGAUAGAGAAGGAGUUUAUAAUUGCGCUGCAUGUGAAACACCACUUUAUUAUUCCAAAACCAAAUUCGAUUCAGGAUGUGGUUGGCCAGCAUUCUUUGAGGCUAUUCCAGGUGCGGUAAAACGUCAAGAAGACAAUUCGCUUGGAAGGAAGAGAAUAGAAAUCACAUGUGCUGCAUGUGGUGGUCACUUGGGUCACGUUUUCAAGGGGGAGGGGUAUAAUUACACACCAGAAGAUGAAAGGCAUUGUGUGAAUAGCAAAGAAAUAUCGGGAGCUGGUACCAAUUUUAAAAAUAGGAUCAAUAUAUGA